UUUUUACGCUUUGCUUAAUAUACGGGAUCCUUGGGAAGACCUGAUUUGGGUGACCUUGUUUUUUGCUGAGUGCAGUCCUCUUUGGGAGGACACCUGGCCACGUCAGAAGCACGGAAUGUCCAGUGGAAGGCGGAGUCUGGCUCAGCAAUGCCUGUGCCCACCUGUGCUUGAAGUGUGCACCCCGCAGGCAGCCUAGAGCCUCGCGUCCCACGCUCUUCUGUCUUGGUGAAGUUGCUUCAUCGCAAUCCCAGCACUCUUGGAAAAGGGUAUUCUCCUGAGCACCUAUUUUGGGUGACUUUGUGUUCUGCUGACUUCUGGCAUCCUCAGGUUGACACCUAGACACAUCAGAUGCACAGAAUGGAGUCCGUGACCUUCGAGGAUGUGGCUGUGAAAUUCACCUCAGGAGAGUGGGCUUUGUUGGAUUCCAGUCAAAAGACACUCUACAGAGAUGUGAUGGGGGAGACACUUUUGAGCCUUAUAUCCAUAGAAAAAGGACUAGAACAAAACAUUGAAGAGAACUACAAAGAUCUCUGCAGAAGUCUGAGAACUCAGUUGGUUGAGAAAGAUUAUGGAUAUGAAUAUAAUAUUCAGUGUGAUGACAACCUUCAGCCAAUUCUAAAGAAUAUGAUUAAUGAAGACAUGCCUCCUGCAAUAACAGGAUAUGAAAGCCAUUUGCAUGUAAGAAGCACCAUUGGUCAUUCAUUCUCACCUGUAUAUCUCAGAAACCAAGCUAAAGGGGAACAAUCUCACUAUAAGGAGUCCUUUAUACAUCAGAAACAUUGGGAAAAUACCAGUCAUUCUGAAUCACUCCAGGUACUUGGAACUUUUCCCAGAGAGAAAUCUUAUAAGAAUCAACAAUGUAAGGAAGCCUUUAGGAAUCUCCCUUCUAAUCAGCCUCACAAGAGAACACAAUGUGGAGAUAAACUCAAUGGGAAAAUACUAAGGAGAUACACAUACAAUGCAGAGGAUGAUGAAAUCCAUACAGAAGUGAAAUCGUUUGCUCAUAACCACAGUGAAGAAGCUUUCAUUGAUUCCAGUGACCUUAUCACCCCUGAAAAAAGUCAUAUUGGAGAGAAAAAAUACACUUGUAAACAAUGUGGGAAAACAUUUAAGUAUGCUUCGUGUUUUAAGAAACAUAAAGUAACUCACACUGGAGAGAAGCCUUAUGCAUGUAAGCAGUGUGGAAAAGCCUUCACCAGUUCUAGCUGGUGCAACACUCAUGAGAGGGGUCACAACGGAGAGAAGCCUUACAUGUGUAAGCACUGUGGAAAAGCCUUCAGAAGUUCCAGUUAUUGUAGCAUUCAUGAAAGAAUUCACACUGGAGAGAAACCUUACUCAUGUAAGCACUGUGGCAAAACCUUUGCCAUUUUGAGGUCUCGUAACUGUCAUGAGAAAAUUCACACUGGAGAGAAGAUUUAUGCAUGUAAACUUUGUGGAAAAAGCUUCAUUAGUCCCACUUCUUGUAGCAUUCAUGAAAGAAUUCACACUGGAGAGAAACCUUACGCAUGUAAGCAUUGUGACAAAACCUUUGCCAGUUUGACUGGGUGUAUCACUCAUGAAAGAAAUCACACUGGGGAGAAGCCUUACACAUGUAAACACUGUGGAAAAGCUUUCAACAAUUGCAGUUAUCGGAACGUUCAUGAAAGAAUUCACACUGGAGAGAAACCUUAUGAGUGUAAGUACUGUGGCAAAACAUUUGUCAUUUUGGGUUCUCUUAUCACUCAUGAAAGAAGUCACACUGGAGAGAAGCCUUACGCAUGUAAGCACUGUGGAAAAGCCUUCUCCCAAGCCAGUUAUCGUAACAUUCAUGAAAGAAUUCACACUGGAGAGCAGCCUUAUGCAUGUAAGCACUGUGGCAAGACCUUUGCCAUUUUGAGUUCUCGUAACACUCAUGAAAAACUUCAUACUGGAGAGAAGCCUUAUGUGUGUAAGCAUUGUGGAAAAGCCUUUAUCAGUUCUAUUUGGUGUAGUGCUCAUGAAAGGGGUCACACUGGAGAGAAACCUUAUGCAUGUAAGCAUUGUGGCAAAACCUUUGCCAUUUUGAGUUCUCGUAACAGUCAUGAAAAAAUUCACACUGGAGAGAAGCCUUACACGUGUAAGCAUUGUGGAAAAGCCUUCACCAGUUCUGGCUAUCGUAACAAGCAUGAAAGGGCUCACGCUGGAGAGAAACCUUAAACAUGUAAGCACUGUAGAGAACAUUUGCCAAAUUCAGUUGGUGCAACUCUCAUGAAAGAAUUCACACUGGAGAGAAGCUCUAUGCAUGUAAAACCUGUGGAAAAUCCUUCACCAGUCCCUCUUACCAUAUUACUCAUGAAAGAAUUCACACCGGAGAGAAAGUGUUUCCAUGUAAUGUGCAUGAGGAAACUGUUCCGUCAACUUUAUGAUCAUUCCAGCCAUGAAAGAAUUCACUCAAGAAUGAAAACUUAUGCAUAGAAAUCAGAAGAGUAUCUUAAAGAAGGCUACAAAGAUCUCGGCAGAAAUAUGGAGUAAUUUAUAUUCAAUAGAAAUCAAUUCAUAUCAAACGUUUUGGAAUCAUGGGACAACUGAGAGCUUCCAAAUGAUCCAAGUACACCUAAGGAAAAAAAAUGAGUCUACAUAGAUUUAUGUAACAGAGCACUGAAUUGUGUCAUUUGAUCUCAUCUAUACAAUCUAUAAGUAUCGCCAAUAUGGGAUGCAACAUAAAUUUCUGUAAGAGCUGUUCUGGUGCUUUGUUGCACAAAACCUGCCUUUUAUGUCCUAAAGUAGUUACUGUCUUUCUAUAUGUUAUUUUGAGGUUUUGAAUGUAAGUGCUGUAUUUUCUUUGCUUUCUUUUCCUGUAACAACAAAAAAAAAAUUCUAGGUUGGAGUUCAUUUUUGUUUACACUCCCUUGUCACAGUUCUAUCCCAAAAUGAAGCCAGAGCAGUAUCUCACACCUUACAGGAAUCUGGAGGCAGGAACUGAAGCAGAGGUAUAGAGAAAUGCUGUUUACUGGUGUGCCCCAUCCCUUAUCCAGCUACCUCCCCUUUUCAACAAUGGCCCACUUCUUUAUGGGGACACUACCCAUAGAGGGCUGGGACAGUCUGCAUCAAGCAGUAAUUAAGAAAAUUUUUUCAAUAGCUUGCCUAAAUAUCAACCUGGUAGAGCCAUAUUCUCCAUUAAUGCCCUUUCUUUUCACAUAGACGUCCUUGCUAUGUCAAGUUGAGAAAAACCAUGUCAAGUUGAGAAAAACCAGCACAGUUAUUGCUUGUCACUGUGACACACAAAUCCAUGACUAUUAAUGUGUAACCUUACAUGUUUGUUUGUCCCUAAAUCCGCUUAAGAUCACAAUACAGCCAGAUAGUGGUAAUGCACACAUUUAAGCCCAGAAUUUGGGAGGCAGAGUCAGGCAAAUCUUUGAGUUCAAGGACAGCCAGGGCUACAAAACCAAAAUCCAAAUAAAUUAAGUAAAUAGGUUAGAAAAAUAUAGAAAGCAUAAUCUAAUAUUAGAAAUCUCCCAGUGUUCAAAAAUUUCAUGCAGUUUAAAUGCUCAGUCUCCUUUACAAUUCAGUAUCUCUUAAAAGACCAAUAGGUCUCUAUUUUCAGUUCCUGAAAAAUCUUAAGUUUUUAAGUACUUCUCCUUUUUAAAUAGGAAGAAGCACAAACCAGUGCUGGCUUUUGUACAAGACUUUUUCUUUUGGACCACCAACCAGCUCCUAAAUCAUGACAUGAAGACUACUUAUUAAUGUUGAAAGCUUUACCUUAACUUACGUUCAUUCCUAGCUAGCUUUUAUAACUUAAAUUAACCUGUGUCUUUUCAUCUACAUUUUGUCUUCAAGCUUUUUACCUUUUCUUUCUGUAUGUCCUAUUCCAUCUUACUGACUAGUAACUACCUGGUUGAGUGGCCCCAGGCAUCUGCCUUUCUUUCUCCCUCAUUCUUUCCUUUCUUCUUCUCUUCUUCUUCCUUGGUAUUCUCUCUCCCCACCAGCCCUGCCUAUACUGCUCAUGCCUAGCUAUUGGGCAUUCAGCUUUUUAUUAGACCAAUCAGGUGCCACGGUGAACAACAACCCAUCUUUUCCUAAUUAAACAAAUGUAAUAUAAACAAAUGUAACACAUCCUUACAUCAUUAACAAAGGUAGUAGAAACAAAGGAAUUACACAUUUACACAGUUAAAGUAAUAUUCAGCAGCACAAGCAAAUGUAACACAUCUUUGCAUAGUUAAAUAUUUUGCAACAGACUUUGACUCAGAUCAAAGCAAAACCCUACCUCUACACUGUAAAUCAUGACCUCUAGUCCCAUAUCUGGAAUACACUUUCAAUGUUCUGAUUUCCUAUGUCUCUUGCAUGAUCCACCCUUUUGGUUCUGCCAUGCACAGAACACAUAACUUGUCUGAUAGUCCCAAAUUCACUCUACUCCGCAGUUGCUUCAGUCCUUGGAAAUGGAAAUCUUUCCAUGGUACUAUCCUCUCUAGUAUGCCAUAGGCUCAACACAUUGCUCCUUCAACAAUGGCCUAGCGUCUCUUCAACCAUUCUACCAUAUUGUGCCAGGUCACAACUUCUCCAAAACCACUUCUAUCCGGAUAUUUCCAAUUCAACCAAACCUACACCUUCAGUACUGGCCUCCCCUGGCCUUUGAUGGUGUUAGUCUCAGUUUCUUUCCAAGACUCCUGCAAACCAGCAGCUUUUAUGAUGCCAACAGCACUAUUGGUGAGGGAAAAAAAAAGCUUACAAAUUGUAUUCUACAGCCAACUUGAGAUAUAAGCUUGGAAUGCUCUGGAUCACUUGUCUAUGCAUUAACUGAAAUCCCUUAAUAUUUCUCUUAAAUGAUGCUGUUUCCUUGUUAAUCCCAGAUCAUUCUUUAAGACCAGAAGACAAGAAAGCACAGAAUCUUAAUGUAAAAUAUCACAGAAACUGCCUCAGUAGAGUUUUGAUGUUGCCUCCAUCAUUCCUGGAAAUAUAUAAGCCAGACUUCCAUUUUUCUUUAUUCCCAGCAUUCCUAUACUCAGGAUUCCAGGAAAAGAUCAUUAUCCUCUGAGCAUUUAAUGAAUUUUUUAGUUUAAUGUUCCAGGCAUUCUCCCAGUCCUCAUUAAAACUACAGUCAGCUCUGAUAGCAGUACCCUAUGAACCUGGUAGCCAAAUUCUAUUGUAGCGUCUACUCUGUUCCUGUGAUAAACACCAUGACCAAAGUCAUAUUUUGGAUCAGUGAAGCUUAUUUUGCCUUACCCUUCCAUGUUACAGAUAGUCCAUGGUCACUCCUUUUAUGUUCAUUAAUUAUUUUAUGUGUAUGUGUGCUUGUGUGUACCACCUUUGCAAAAAGCAUGUGUGGAGACCAGAAGAGGGCAGCAGAUCAUAUCAAGAGUAACAGGAACUUGUGAGGCCUCCACAGGAAUGUUGGCCAUCAAACUCUGGCCUGUGAUUUCUCUCCUGUGGCUGACCAAAAGGGAGACUCCUACAAGCUUCAUGAUUUUUACAUGAUUUCUCCAUAGAAGAAGUUUCAAGUACCUGAAAUGAUUCAGAAUGACUGAUACCUUUCCAAAGUUUCUGAUGUAUAAAAGUCUUUAGCACAGCUUCUAUAUAUUCAGAUUGUUUCCCCAAAGUUUGUCUUUGAGGUACACCUGUAUGAAUGAAUGAACAAUGACAUUUCUUACAUGCAGUCAGCUUUCAUACACUCCUAUUGAGGGAGGCAUGUCUUCAUUUACCAUAUUCUUUGCAAUUGUUUCUCCAGUUUCAUCACACUGACGUUCACAUUUGUAUCUACAGUCUUUCUAAACUACUUGAGUUCUGCAAAAGUUGAAAAGAGCAUUACUGUAAACAAAGGAUAUGUUGGAGGCUGGCUUGUGUCAACCACUGCAACUAUACUAUCUCAGGAACAACGGAAGAAUGCCACCAGU